UUGCUGUGACCGUAAUAAAAAGAGAAGACGAGAUCAGAUCCCUCCUCCACUAAUUUGAAACAGAAACCAAGAAAGACCCAAUUCUUAUUCGCUUGAGUCAGGAAUCCGGUUCUUUGGUUUCCUUUUCUUAACCAGUUUUUGAUCUCUUCUCUGAGUCACUUUUGAGGAGACGAUGGGAAGAGGGAAGUUCAAGGGAAAGCCUACAGGCCAACGCCGAUUCUCUAGCGCAGCUGAUAUUCUUGCUGGCACUUCUGCUGCACGUCCUCGGUCGUUCAAGCAGAAAGAAGCAGAGUAUGAAGAAGAUAUCGAAGAGGAGUCUGAAGAGGAAUCUGAAGAAGAAUCCGAAGAUGAAUCUGAUGUGAAGAAGAAAGGACAUGAAGCUUUAAUCGAAGUUGAUAACCCUAACAGAGCUAAACCAAAGACCUUGAAAGCAAGAGACCUUGAUGCAAGUAAAACAACUGAACUCUCAAGGCGUGAAAGAGAGGAGCUAGAGAAGCAGAGAGCUCAUGAGCGAUACAUGAGGUUGCAGGAGCAAGGCAAAACCGAGCAAGCAAGAAAGGAUUUGGAUCGUUUAGCACUGAUUCGCCAACAGAGAGAAGAAGCUGCGAAGAAGCGAGAAGAGGAAAAAGCAGCGAGAGACGCGAAGAAAGUUGAUGCGCGCAAAUGAGCCAAGUGUUCAAGCUCAUCAGAGAACUACCCUACUUUAUAUUAUAACUAAAACAAGACGAAGAUGCGUUGUUUUUACUUUGUUCAUUUUCAAUUGGUAAACAGAUACAGCCUUUUACCUAUUUACUCAGUACCGUGUGGAUCUUAAUACAUUUGGAAGAUAUUAAAGUCUAUUAGCAUAAACAACAUUAGCC